AUGGCCGAAGCGUAUCGAUAUGGCCAAGAUAAUCGAAUCUUUUCUUUUGCCAGCUACUGUUUCGACGUAUUCAUCACUGACAUCUUCGGGGGUCUUUCUGCCGGGGCUGUUGUAUGCAUUGCACCCCAGAUAGCGACAAUGGAUGAUCUCACCAGGCUGCUCAAUGUAUCCAGAUCGACGUAUGUAAACUUCACGUCCUCGGCGGCGUCGACGUUGGACCCACAUGAGCUGCCUCAUCUGCAGUCCCUUGUUCUAACGGGCGAGCCUGCAACAAGAAUGCUUUUCCAAACAUGGACAUCCAGAGUUCAACUAACGAAUUCUUACGAAGCAGCAGUUAUCACUUGGGUUGAUGUCAGUCCUAAUACUGAUCCUCAAUGCGUCGGAAAUGUGGUUCCUGGUAUGGAGGUAAUGGUUCUAGACGACUCACUGAGAAGGGUCCCAAUAGGGGUGCAAGGCACUAUUUUUGCGGUUGUUCGGGCCUGA